CAUUUCUAUGGAAACGAAAGACAAACAAAGGUCAGUGGUUGGAGCUAAGUAUAAACUAGCUCCCGGGCCUUGGUGGUAGCCAGACUAGAAGUUUCCUAGAUAUUAGAGCCGAAGCAUCUUUUGUGGUUUGAAAUGUCUCCCGUGGUGCCAUUGGGUGUUCAGUUAUAGAUAAAGCAACUUGCAAAACCUUCCUGAAACAUGAAGCAGGAAGAAUAAUAUUUAAAAGUAAUAUCAUUAUACCUCUUUAUCCAUCAAAGUGGCUUCGUUUCAUGGUUCUCUCUUCUGUGCUUAAAUCUUAGGUCAAACAUUGGAUAAACCAAAGGGUGUAGGAAAAAAUAAGUGAUUUUCAUAGUCUUACUCUUUGCAAUGGGAGUGCUGAAGUUCAAACAUAUCUUCUUUAGGAGCUUUGUUGGGUCCAGCGGAGCAUCCCAGGUUGUGUUCGCCUUCCUUCUGAUACCCUGUUGCUUGACUAAGGAUUUCAGAGCACCCCCUUUUAUCCCAGAUAUUCCUUUCCUCUGGGCUUGGAAUGCCCCAACUGAACCUUGUUCUAAGAGGUUUAAUGUGUCCAUAGAUUUGAGUCUCUUCUCUUUAAUAGGAAACCCCCAAAAAGAUGCCAUAGGACAGCCCGUUACAUUAUUUUAUUUUGAUAGACUUGGCUUAUAUCCUCAUAUAGAUAAGAAUGGCAGGAAUCAGCAUGGAGGAAUACCCCAGUUGGGCUCCUUACAAGCACAUUUGGCUAAAGUUCAGACAGACAUUGACCAUUACAUGCCAAAAGACGACAAGGGCUUGGCCAUUAUUGACUGGGAAGAAUGGAGGCCUGUCUGGGCAAGAAACUGGAAACCUAAAGAUAUUUACAGAAAUCGGUCUGUUGAGUUGGUUCAGCAACAAAAUCCACAACUUAGUCUCGCAAAUGCCACAAAUCUAGCCAAACAACAAUAUGAAACAGCAGGAAGAAAAUACAUGCAAAAGACUUUAGAAUUGGUAAAAUCACUUCGGCCAAAACACUUAUGGGGUUAUUACCUUUUUCCUGACUGUUACAAUCAUCAUUAUACUAAACCUCAAUAUAAUGGGAGUUGCUUUGAAUUGGAAAAGAGAAGAAAUGAUGAGCUCAACUGGCUGUGGAAUGAAAGCACUGCCCUUUUUCCAUCCAUCUAUUUGAAUACCUUCCUAAAGUCUAAUCCACGAGCUCCACUCUUUGUCCGUAAUCGUGUUCAGGAAGCCAUUCGGGUUUCUAAAGUACCAAAUGUUCGAAGUCCACUUCCAAUUUUUAUAUAUACUCGUCCAGUUUUUACUGAUGUAUCUUCUCAAUACCUUGCUCAGGAAGACCUUGUGAGCACACUUGGUGAAACUAUUUCUCUAGGUGCCUCUGGAGUUAUAAUGUGGGGAAGCUUCAAUUUAAGCCAAAGUGUGGACACCUGCGUAAAACUACACAAUUACUUGGCGACUACACUGAACCCUUACUUAAUCAACAUCACCCUGGCAUCCAAAAUAUGUAGCCAAGUGUUUUGUCAAGACAAAGGAAUUUGCACAAGGAAAAUCUGGGACUCAAAUAACUAUCUUCACCUGAACCCAUUGAAUUUUGCUAUUGAAACUAGUGCAGAUGGAACAUUUAAAAUAAAAGGGGAACCCUCAAAUGAAGACCUGAAAAACUUUGCCGAACAUUUUCAUUGCAGCUGUUAUGCCAACGACGACUGUCAGAAGGAAGUUGUUAUAACAGAUACUCAUACUAUCAAUGUGUGCGCUGCUGCAGGUGUUUGUUUAAAUACUGUCUUGAAUGAAAAAGAGGACCCACUGUAUUCAAAUUUAGUGCUCUUUAUAUCAUUUUUAAUAAUACUAUUAAUAAUAAUAAUAAUAAUCGCAGUAUUUUUUGUGCAAACAAAUAGCAUGGCAUGAAAACAAAGGUGUCAGAAGAAUUUCUAGGGUGUCACAAAAGAGAUAAUGUGUCUAUGGUUUUGAAAAUUGAGUAACAGCUAGGUAAUGUGGAGACACGGGGCAAAAGGAACUUCAGAAGGAUGGAACAUGCAAUGUGGUUUUUAGAGUGAUGUACAGUAGGUGAUGGCCACACGAUGACUUUAAAAUAAAGGCACUCUCAAACCUCUUGA